AUGGUUCUUGACGAAGAUUUUGCGACGUUGGACAGCAAAGUUUGGAGUCACGAGGUGCAAUUGAAUGGCUUCGGAACGGGCUCGUUCGACUGGACAACGACUGAUCCGAGAAAUUCCUAUGUUGACGCUGAAGGUCUUCACAUUGUCCCCACCCUCACCCUUGAAGAUACUCAUUACACGGAAGCGCAACUUCUGAACAAUACCUGGUUAAAUCUCACUGCCGAUGGGACCUGCACCUAUAGCGUGCAGCGAACAUCGACGCUAGCCGACUGGAGUCCGUGUGAGGUAUACAGCAAUACGACGUCUGGACAAAUUCUCCCUCCCGUUCGGUCUGCUCGGCUUACUACCAAGGGCAAGAAAACCAUCAAGUAUGGUCGAGUCGAAGUGGUUGCUAAACUGGCAAAGGGAGACUGGCUGUGGCCCGCUAUCUGGAUGAUGCCCGAAGACUCGGUUUACGGGGAAUGGCCAAAGAGUGGAGAGAUUGACAUCGUGGAGUCGCGAGGCAAUGAUGCGGAGACAUACUCCCUCGGGAAUAACAUUGUGACUUCCACGCUGCAUUGGGGGACAACCUAUCUCAAUGACGCUUACUUGAAAAGUACUUCCGACUGGGGCGCUCAGAGAACCAAGUACAGUGAAGGCUAUCACACUUAUGGUCUGGAAUGGACAGAGGACUAUCUCUUCACCUGGUUGGAUGGCCGUCUUCGGCAAGUACUUUACUUUGACUUUACAAAGAACAAGGACAUGUGGACCUAUGGUGGCUUUGCUGGUAGUACGGUCAACAAAACGGUGCCCAGUAAUCCAUGGAGUGGAAGCGAUCGCAAGAACACCCCCUUCGACCAGGAAUUUUACCUCAUCCUAAAUGUUGCUGUUGGCGGCACAAACAACUACUUCCCUGAUGAACUAGGAGAAAAGCCCUGGGUAGAUGCCAGCUCCAGUGCGAUGAAAGAAUUCUACCUUGCGCAGAGUGCAUGGCUACCAUCAUGGGGAACCCCUGAAGAGCGUGGCAUGACUGUCAAAUCGGUCAAGAUGUGGCAAUUGGGGCGCUGUGGAUGA